AUGGUUUGCCGAGCGCCUCUUUUACAAGGCGGCCUUUGUCGCCGAAAGGAUCCAAGUGGAAGGUGUCCGAUUCAUGGAACUAUAAUAUUACGCCAUGGAAGUACUGGAGCGCCAAUGCACAAAGGUGAUGCGAUGAAACUGCACGCGGAAUGGUCUGAGCACUACAAGGUCAAACAAAUGAAAACGAAUCAAAUACAAGGUAAACAGAGGCGCAGGAGAUAUCCGGGUCUGGUUGACAUAAAAAGUGUCAAAAGUUCAGCCCGUCACAAACUCGCCCGAAGAGUAUUUGGCAGAUGCGCUAUUAAGAAGUCUUUUGGGGACGGAUGA